GGAAUAGGGCUUAAAUACCCCCUCUGUUUUGGCUGGGACAAAAGACCCAAGCCCUUAGAUAGCUGAGGCAAAGAAAAGAGAUCAGUCCCUAUCACUCACGUGACCAAAAUGGAGAAACAGUCUCAGGGGCCUCCACCUCCAGCCUCCUUCAGAGCAAGCUUCUCAGAGCACAACCUCUCAAAGCAAAACCUCUCCAACCCCCCUCAGUCCUCAGACCCCAUCCAUCUUUAAGGAAACCAUCUAAGUUCCCUCCCCUCAGUUCUCACAUCUACCAAUCACUGUCCAUGUCUUCCCUGUGCCAAUGGUGGCUCUAGCUUAACCCAGGACUGCCCAGAGGUCUCUGGCUUUGCACAUGUCUGUUGAAGGUCAUAUUCUCAAAUAAUUAAAUCUUGAUCCUUUUGCUGCAGCCCUUCCUAAAUCCUGUUACCCUGAGUAGGGUGGAGAUUGGAAGUUCCAAGACCUGGUUCUGUCAUUCCAAGUAUCUCUAUUGUAUCAAUUUUAAAAUCAAUCAUGACUCAAAGAACUUCCUGUUCUAUGCUUAAGCAUAGGUCAACGCCCUUUCCAUUGUUCAACAAAAGGUUUCUGUCCUAAAGUAAUCUUAAGUAGGGAGAAGGACCCUCCCAUGCCAAGGGGGUUCACAUUCCAAUAGACUAUCAGUAGGAAAUUUUUCAAGUAUGAAAUUUCCCAAAGGUGAAAUUUCCAACAUUUAUAAGUCUAAGAAAUUUUAAGGUUUACAAGCUAAAGGGCCCUCAUGCACCCCUGUAAGUAGAAAGGAAUUAGAGAGCUUCUCCAGGACCAAACCUAUGGCCAUUUGGCCUCUCCAGUUCCAAGGAGGGAGGAGAGCCCCUAUCCUUUGCUCCUCUGGGGCCAGUCAGGGCCCUACAGGUACUUAAGACGGCUGAUCCCCAGGGAAAGCUCCUCCCAAAUCCAUCCUUAUUGAGACUGAAGCUAUAGAGUGAAAAUGGAAGGUCCCCACUGAGGAGGGGUGAAGGGAGGCACCAGCUUGUUAGGGGGCUAGGAAGGAGCCCCUGCAGACAGGAGGGCAUCUUCACAGAGAGGAGGAGGAGAAAGGAAGGCAGGAGGCAGGGAGGGAGACAGUUAUGAAAAUGUUUCAAAACAAACAAAUCCUGCCCCUGCUGCCUCUGCCUAGGACCAAGUUAUUUCAUCUCGUAGAGCCUCAGUUUCUCCAUUUGCAAAGCUCAGACCGAAAAAUAGUGACCUCUGCCAGGUGAGGGUCUUCCCAGCACACAAUGGCCUAGGGUCCCCUCUUGGGUUGGGGGGCAGCAAUAUCAGCAGAACCAGGAGUGUUGGUGGUUGGAUUCCCCAGGCCCUGGAAAGGGCCUGAUCCAUCCAGGCUCCUGAUGGGAGAGUCUAGAACUCAGCAGGCCUGGGCUGAAACGCAACACAACUGAAUUGAACUGAACCAGGCUGAAAGGGAACUCAAGUCAGCGGGGCCGAACCAGAAACAUUGAGUGAAUGUGGGGUAGAGGAAGACCGAGGGGCGAAGUCAAGAGACCUUCCCACGGGUUGGUCAGGAAGGCUGUAAAAAGGAAUGGAUUAACUCAGCGAUUGAUAGUGAGCUCCCCAUCAUGGAAGGGAGUCAAGCCAAGCGGGGAGCUAGGAUCCGCAGAGUAGACGGAGGGUGGCAUCUCCCCACUGGCAGAGGCCUGAGGAAGGGGCGGGAAGCGAAAAAUCUGUCCCUUGGGCACGGGGUAAGGAGAUGAGGGAGGAGAGGGAAAGCGCGGAGUUGUGUAGCCCCGACUCCAGCCCCGCCCACCUACACCUCCGGAAGAGAGCCCAAAGACGUCGCCCGUCCCCUAUGGCGUGCGCACGUCGGCGUCCCGGGCGGGGGAGGCGGGACUUCCCGGCCCGCGCUCGCUUAGCUUCCGGUGCAGACCGGAAGCCGCGGUUGUGCACCGAGCGAGCGGCAGCCGGAGGUGAGAGAGACGUCCUGAGGCGCCGCCCGGCCCGGCCCGACCCGGACCCGGAGCCGGCGCCGUCCCCAAUGCUCGGCGCCGGGGCGGGCGCGGCGGACGUGGGUCGGAAGCAAGCGGCGGGGGGCGGCGAGGACCCGGUCCGGUGACGGCGGCGAUGUCGACAGGCCUCCGGGGCUCCGGGCUCCCGAGCUGGAAGCGGCACAUCGCGGAUGAGCUCCGGCGGCGGGACCGGCUCCAGAGGCAGGCCUUCGAGGAGAUCAUCGCGCAGUAUAAUAAGUUGCUGGAGAAAUCAGACCUUCAGUCGGUGUUGGCUGACAAACUACAAGCAGAAAAACACGACUUGCAAGGCAGGCAUGAAAUCAGUCCAGGACAUGAUGGCAUGUGGAAUGAUGCCCAAUUACAAGAAAUGGCCCAGCUGAGAAUUAAGCAUCAAGAAGAAUUAACUGAAUUACAUAAGAAACGUGGGGAGUUAGCUCAAUCGGUGAUUGACCUGAAUAACCAGAUGCAGCAGAAGGACCGAGAGAUGCAGAUGAAUGAAGCAAAAAUUGCUGAAUAUUUGCAGAAAAUCAGUGAGCUGGAAGCUGAGUGCCAAGAACUUCGCAAUAGGCUUCAGGAUUUUGAAAGAGCCAACCAGACCCUAAAGGAUGAAUAUGAUGCCCUGCAGAUCACCUUUACUGCCUUAGAAGAGAAGCUGAGAAAGACUACUGAGGAUAAUCAAGAGCUGGUCACUCGCUGGAUGGCUGAGAAAGCCCAGGAGGCCAAUCGCCUCAAUGCAGAAAAUGAAAAGGACUCCCGACGCCGCCAGGCCCGGCUGCAGAAGGAACUCGCUGAAGCUGCCAAAGAGCCAUUGCCUGUAGAACCGGAUGAUGACAUAGAAGUGCUUGUGGACGAAGCUUCAGACGCAGCCGAGGAGACAUCGCCCGUUCGAACAGUCAGCCGGACCACCACUAAGCGAAUCUCCCAGCCUGCUGGAGGCCUUCUGGACUCUAUCACUAAUAUCUUUGGUCUGUCCGAGUCUCCCCUUUUGGGACACCACCCUUCUUCCGAUGCUGCCAGGAGGCGUUCUGUCUCCUCCUUCCCUGUUCCUCAGGAUAACUUGGAUGCUCCUCCCAGUUCUAAUAAAGAAGUUCGGGUGCCUACCACAGCAGUCUAUGUCUUCGACGCUCAUGAUGGAGAAGUUAAUGCUGUGCAGUUCAGCCCAGGCUCCAGGCUACUCGCCACAGGAGGCAUGGAUCGAAGGGUUAAACUCUGGGAAGUAUUUGGAGAUAGGUGUGAGGCAAAGGGCUCCCUCUCUGGCAGUAAUGCAGGAAUUACCAGCAUUGAAUUUGACAGUGCUGGAUCUUAUCUCUUAGCAGCUUCAAAUGAUUUUGCCAGCAGGAUCUGGACUGUGGACGAUAACCGAUUACGGCACACACUCACGGGUCACAGCGGCAAAGUCCUGUCUGCCAAGUUCCUGCUGGACAACGCACGGAUUGUUUCAGGAAGUCACGACCGGACCCUCAAGCUCUGGGAUCUGCGCAGCAAAGUCUGUAUAAAAACAGUAUUUGCCGGCUCCAGUUGCAAUGAUAUUGUCUGCACAGAACAGUGUGUGAUGAGUGGACAUUUUGACAAGAAAAUCCGUUUCUGGGACAUACGCUCUGAAAGCAUAAUCCGAGAGUUGGAGCUGCUGGGGAAGAUCACAGCCCUCGACCUGAACCCAGAGAGAACCGACCUGUUAAGCUGCUCCCGAGACGAUCUGCUCAAAAUCAUUGACCUACGAGUCAAUGCCGUCAAGCAGACCUUCAGUGCUCCGGGCUUCAAGUGUGGGUCUGACUGGACCCGAGUCGUGUACAGCCCUGACGGCAGCUACGUGGCAGCCGGCUCAGCAGAAGGCUCCCUCUACGUCUGGAAUGUGCUCACAGGCAAGGUGGAGAAGGUGCUCUCGAAGCAGCACAGUUCUUCAAUUAAUGCUGUGGCAUGGUCACCUUGUGGCACUCAUGUGGUCAGUGUGGACAAAGGAAACAAAGCUAUUCUGUGGUCUGACUACUGACUGGAUGGCAUAGGAAAAGUGGGCUCCCGGGGCCACCAUUGGAAGGGAGCUGCCCCUGGCAGCGGAGGAUUGAGGAAGGCUCAGGCUAGAGCUGUUGUUCCUUGGACCGGAGAAGCCUCGAAGACUAAUACCGAGAGUCAUCGGACACUGCAGGCCCUUCUGGGGAUCUGUUUCCUCCUUUGGUUGGGAUGAAGAACACUACUAGCUUUGACUUUCCGUACCUCGGGGACGGAGCACAAGGCGCCGGCUGGGUCCCCUCGUGCACAGCAGUGCCAAUUAUCCCAAAUAUCCAUGUUCAUUCUCCUUUAGCACUUUCCCCCAUCCCUAAGAAGUUAGGAAUUAUUCACGGUUCUGGUCUAACCCAAGGCCCAGUGUUCCUUGGGUCCAACAAGUUGACUCAGGCAUUGGGUUAAGAGAAGCCUGGAGUAGGGAAAGGUGGCUCCCAGGGGCUUGGGUCCGGAGGGAGCCUGGCGGUCUGUUCAGUUUACAUUCUUUCUCUGUCUUCUUAAGCCACCCUUCCCAGAAGUCACCAUUCUGCUUUAGCUGCGGCGCACGGGAGAACUGGAGUAGGAAACGGUCCCCGUCUGGGGCCAGAGCUAGCGUGAGAGUCCUGAGGGAGGGAGGAGGGGGUGCGCUGUGGCCGUGAGGAGCGUGGCUUUCCUGUCUCUUAUUGCCUGGUCUGCCCUGUCCCACCAUUUUCUCCAAGUGUGUUUCUGUUAAGUUGUUGGUUGCUUGCAAGAGGUCGAGGCCUUGAAUGUAUUGCUCUGGGACUCGGCCUCUUUCAGCCACCCGUCCCCUUCACCAGGCAUUCGUGCGAUGCCUCUUUGGUGCUUGACAGAAGAAGCAUGAGGAAGCCUGGGCGCUCGUGUGUGCUUCCUCCCAUCCCCGGGCCUGUGAUGGGACAGAGCAGAUCAAUUCAACGUUUAUCCAAACUCGACCCUGUUUCCCUGUAUAUGAAAUCAUAAUUAUGUCAGACGGGCUUCUGGGCCACCUGUCAUUGUCUCUGUCUAAUUUGCACUUUAUUUUGCUUCCUUCCUAAACGACUUCUGUCUGCAGUUUGGGAAGCGUGUCUUAGAGCUGGCUUACAGGCCUCGGGUCUCAGCUGCCCCGUCUGCAAAGUGGAGGUGCUGAACUCUGGGACCUGUGCGGUUCCUUCCAGCUCCAAGUCUGGUCCUUAGCCAAGAGAAUACCUUCUCCGUUCUUGUUCUGGGCCCCUCUUCACACUACCCUGAUCCCCUCUCUUGAUUCAGGCAACUCUCUGGAAAGGAGCUGAAUGAAAUAUACAGACCUGGACACAUCUUUUAUUUAUUUUAUUAUGCUGCCCAGGAGAACUCAAUUGUAAAUAAAUAAAUUCUGCUUUAAAAGUUUCA